UUUGUUUAUUGUUGAUCUCUAUUGUCAAAACCUCGAGAUGUACGGGCCUAGUUUUGUGGAGUACAAGCCUUUCGCUCUUCAAAGCCUGUUCAAAGACCACCGCAAAACAAUGAACUCUAUUCAGAACAAUGUCCUUGUUCUCCAUGUUCAUCUGUCCGUACAUAAGAACAGAACCUUCAAUUGAAGGAUAAAUACAAUCAGAUUCAGCUCCAAUCCUAUUAUAUUCGUCAAACCACAACACAUAUCAACCUAGUAAGCUACCAAAGACAGAUCCAAGAUCCCUUAGUAUCAUACUUAAACACACCCACCAACCAAACACCAAACCACCAAAACCUACAUCAAUAUGGCAGGAUGGAUGACACCACCAGAGCUCACCCCACCAAGCUCCCCAAGCGCAACCAUCACCGCACCAGAAGGACAAAUCGUCGCCGCAUUCUCCGACAUAAUCGACUCCACCAACCUCUGGCAACUCGACCAACAACUCAUGCUCGACGCCCACACCGUCUUCUACUCCAAAGUCCGGGCGCUGGCGCCCCUCUACCACGGCUACGAAGUCAAGAACCUCGGCGACGGCUUCUUCCACACCUUCCAAUCGGGGCGGGACUCGCUGCGCUUCUGCCUCGCCCUGCAAAAGGAGCUCGCCGCCACGCGCUGGUCGCGAGAGAUCGUCGAGUUCCGCCGGGCGAAGGACGUGGAGAGAAAUAUCCCGACGAGUAACAACAGAGGUUUGACGGUAAGGAUGGGCAUUCAUUUCGGGUCCCCGUUCGAGUCGCACGUUGAUCCGAUCAGCAAGCGCAUGGAUUACCAUGGCAAUAUGGUGAACGUCGCGGCGCGGAUCAUGGCGCAGGCGGACGGGGACGAGAUUGCGGUCUCGGACGCGGUCAUUAUGGAGUUGGAUGAUAAUGAUGUGGGCUUCGACCUAGGGGCCACGGUGGUGGUUCUUAACCGAGUCACGACGCUGGAGAAGGUCUUGGCCGAGAUGGGCGAGACGGCAUUUGAGGUUCUCCGAAAGGGGCCAGCGGACAAUGGUGGGAGAGUGCGCCUUAAGGGUGUCUCGACUCCGUACGUGGUUACCUUGAUUCGUCUGAAGCGAUGAGGUGCUGUCGGUAAGUCUUGCUCUUUCUUUUGUACGGCGGUCUUAUCCUUCGCGUUUGCAUUGGUGGCCUUCUCUUUGGCGCUUUGCGUAUCGUUACAUAGACAGCAAGGACUGUCAGGAAUCCUAUGGUCUUGUCGUUGGCGUUUUGCGUAUCGGAGGUAUUGUCUUUGGCGUUCUGCAUCGGAUGACACCCAGGCAGCAAGUACUGUCAAACUCCUACAAAAG